CAAAUUUCACAAUUCAUUUUCAUUUUUGGAAUUGAUAUAAAUAUUUUGUUGGUGUGCUGAAGAAUUUUAGUUAAUGAACUGAAGCGUCCGAUCAAGUAACUGAAACGCCAUUGGUUACUCCAAAUCUAGAUGGAUACUGGAAAAAAUUCUUUUCUUCUUUACAGUUACACCACGCCAUUUUGCGAAAUAGCAUUAUAAAAUCGCCAGCGCAAAAACGAUCUCGCCCUUACAUUUAGUAGUACUGAAAUAUGUAUAUUAUAUAUGUGAUCAAGGAGCAGUACCUCUGGAAUACUGCGUAAUCACGUUGCUCCUUGAUUUACCCGAUCGUAUUAAGUACAUCUUUCCUGGUCGCCGAUGCAUUGGUGAUUUGCACGUAGAACGCGAUGGUCAUUAUUUAGCAGAAAUAACGGCUUUUUAUUGGUGAUUCAUAGAACAGAGCAAUAGUGAAGGAAGGUAACGAUAAAUUUUCCCUUUUUCCUAAAUAAAUUUUUAUUUUCUUUAGAAAUUCACUGGCCAAAAUGAAGUACUAGCAAGAAAAAUACCAACUCCUAUUACUUUCAAAAAUGAGAAAACUUUUAAAAUCUUAGGCACGCAUGCACCGAUGCUACAUCCAUCCACUUCCAAACUCUCAAUCAGCUGAUGCAUCAGCUUUGUGUUUUUGCGCAACUUUGUAUUGCGCAAAACGUACACGUCCAUACCGUCAUCACUUCCAACUGAAAUUCAAUAACUAAAUGGAAAAACAAAAGAAUUUUUGUGUUUGAACAACAUGAAAAAAUCAGUUGAAGACGCUAAUUCAGUAAGAUAAUUGAGUUUGGUUUAACCAAGAAUUAAAUAUUCCCGAAAAACAGCCGUAUCUGAAUGGUUACGGCGACCAAAUUGUUCAAGCUUAUAAAGGGCGCAUCACCCUAAAAUUAUGAUACUUAAUAAUUGGCUAUCAAUACCAACAGCAAAAUGGACGCCAUUUCCUCAGUCUUGUUGCUUGACUUGAAAAUCUCCCCGGAUAUGCUUUUGGUAAUUUUAGUGGGAAUUGGUUUUUUUUGGGGAAUGAUUUUUCAGGAUUUUUUGGACAUCCUCUCCCCGGAAUUAAUCCCCCAACCAGCACCAGAAUGCAAUUCGAAUACCGAAAGCAUACCAGAAAACCCAGAACCAACUCCGCUCGACGAUUGCACGAAGGAACCAGAUCAGCCCAUUAUACCGGACAGUACAGCCCAUGAAACCGAAAACUGCUGCAAAUGUGAAAAACUUGCACUUCGAUCCGCUUUGCGUGAAUGGCAAGCUGCAGCCGUGAAAAUGGCAAUGGAAGAACUCGUGUCCACAACGAGGCAAGGACGUCAACCGUCUUUUAACCAGAAAAGCCAAUCGGAAGUUUCAGCAGAAGUUAAAUACUGGAGGAAUGUUUACAAAUCAGAUUUAAUGAGAACGAACAGACAUUUAACGAAAGUAAACCAAGAAUUAGAAGCUUCACUAGCGAUACGUAAGGAACUAGAACACGAACUUCAACUGACCAAGAAUCUGCUGCAGGAAGAACUACUAAAAGCCGAAAAAGUUGCCAAAAUCUCUGAAAGCCACGUUGCUGUGAUGCAAAGCGGUACAGAAGAAUUGGCAAAACCGUGCGAAAACCCAAAGCAGCAGACCGAUGCGGAAAAUUCUUCACUAGAUUCGGCCUCUGUUACGGACAAGAAUUUUGAAAACGAAAUGUCUGAAGUAAACCCAGAUGGAGCCGAGAAGGUACACGUCGUUCAGUUAGAAGUUCCGUCUGAACAAGAGAAUACCACUGGUAUCGUGUCAACCGAAUUCGACGAGAAAGAAAAGCAAACGUAUGAAACCCAACUGAAACAACUGCAACAGGAACGAGAUGUUGCGCUGGCGAAUACACGACGUAUGCACGCCGAAUGCCAACUCGCAAUCGAGAAAGGUGACAUGGCCUUGCGUCUAUCAAUUACACAAGCAAGAGAAAAAUUUGCGGCACAAGAGAAUAUCAUGGCCGAAAUGCAAACAGAAUUAGACGCCGAACGAAGUAAAAACCGACAAACAAAAGAAAGAUUCGAACAAAAAAUUAAAAAACUGGAGAAAGAUUUAAAAGUAUCAAGGGCCUAUGCCAAGAUGUUGGUGUCUUUGCUAGUAGAGAAGAAGAAAUUCUGGAAACGACAUGGGUUUAUACGUCCUAAAAAACUCAAACCAAAAGCAUCCAACGGCAAUCCAAGUUCACGGAAAACCAAACUUUCCAAAAUAUUAUCCACACGACCCACGAAUACAAAAGCACUCGAAAUAAAUGGGAAACCAAUAGAGAUGACAGAAGACAGUAAUUGUAACUAUGCCUGCAUAAGCAAAGUCUAUUGGGAAGAGGAGCUUGAAGGGCCGACGUUGAAGCCGAUGAACUACAACAAGUGGUACGGCAACAAAGUAAGAGAUUUGAAUUGGAUUGAUAUUCUGCGUGGGAAACGAGUGAAAAACAAACUGAAGUGGGAACAACUGUUAGGAUUUUUGUUUGUCAAGGUUAAACAUGAUGGCAUAGAGUAUAACUUGCCAGUAUUGGUCUUUGACAAACCUAAAACUCCCAACUUUUUCGGAAGCAUGUGGCUCCGGGCCUUCAACAGUGCGGACCCCUCCUUCAAGGGGGGGAUAUGAAUACCUCCGAAACUUAAAAAAAAAAACAUCAAGACAACAGGCAAGGAUACUUAGUUAAUGGACUCCUUUGUCUUUAGGAAGCAAGUGCAUGUAAGUGGCGAGAUGAAAUAGUACAAGGCUGCAAAGUAUUGUAUUGCAUGCAUCCCGUCUACUUUCUGUAUUUUGCACCGAGAGGCAAAGGUACGACCAGGCCAGACUAAGGUAUUCAAAAUUAUAAUUACUGUAUUUUGAAUAUCCAGUUUUACGGCUGGUGACUCGUGUACUGUUAAAAGUGCUGUGUCCCCAUUACCACCAUCAUUUUGAGUGCUUUUACAAGUUAAGUUUUCACUAAUUUCUGGUUUCAUUUACAUCUUUGGCUAAAAAACCCGGACUCUUCAUUAAGACCGUACGGUGUAUUGUUCUGCUGGAAAGUGGAAACAUUUUUUUUUCUCUUUGGCUUUCUGUUUCGUUUUGCUAUGCUUCCCCAAUAAGCUUCUGUGCAAUUUGUGGUGUUUAAUAAAAUUAAAAUAAAAAAAAAUCUAUAUUUAGCACUUC